AUGGAUUCCCGCUACGUUUUCCGACUGUUUGUUUUUCUGAUACUCGUUGCUGCCAGACGUGUUUCCAGUGAAUAUAACAACCUGGCUGAUGUCCCAUGUGGCCAAGGAACUUUUGGUACACGCACAGCGAGACUGGUCGGCGGACAGAACGCGAUACCGCACGAAUUUCCUUGGAUGGUGAGCAUCAGCAGAAAAGGAGGACACUUCUGCGGUGGUACCAUUCUUAAUUCAAGAUUCGUCCUGACCGCAGCACAUUGCUUGUGUUCAGGAACAUCAUUGAUCCCAACCGGUCAAUUACGAGUGAGUCUGGGCGAGUACAACCUGCGAGGACCGGAAGUGCCAGCGUCCAAAGAAGAGCGGGUAUCGGGCGUUAUCCUGCACCCCGGCCACAAAUGCGGAAAAUACGCAGACGAUAUUGCCCUUCUGGAACUCGCAAGGCCAAUCAGUUGGUCGGAGAGCGUGAAACCCGCCUGUUUACCUGUGGCCACAGGAAAACCAGGCUACAGCGCCUUCGGCGGCGUACUAGCUAAGGCCGCCGGCUGGGGCUGGUUCGGCGAAGACAGAUCUAAAUAUAAACGAGCGGACGUGUUGCAGAAAGUGGACGUUCGCGUGAUCGAGAACAAUGUUUGUCGCGAAUGGUAUGCCAGUCAGGGCAAGUCGACUCGCGUGGAGCCGAAGCAAAUGUGCGCUGGCCACGAAGAAGGUGGUCGAGACUCUUGCUGGGCUGACAGUGGCGGACCAUUGAUGAUCGGAAGUCAAUCGGGUGAUAACAUGAUGGUGGUGGGAAUUGUCUCUUCCGGGGUGGGGUGUGCUCGGCCACGUCUUCCUGGCUUAUAUACUCGAGUCUCGGAAUAUGUACCUUGGAUCUCGCACCAUGUACUUUCGAUAUGACGAAGAAGAUUUUGAAGCUUUGGACCUUUCGAUACCAUGCUUUAUGCAAUAUAAAGACAGUUUGUGAGAUAUUCUACAGUAGAGAAAAUAAGAAUGAGAAAAUUAAUUUUAAGAAACGUGGCAAUAGUUUUGUUCCGGUAGUUUAUGCAUUUUCAAAUGUUUUUGUUGAAGAGUUAAACUAACCAUUUUUGAGAACAUACUUCCACACGUAUAUUUCCACAUAGUUAAGAAUUGAAAGUACAAAGAAUUCUCUAUAAGAUGUAUACUAUAAUUUAAUCAAUGCCAAUAACUUAUUAACAGUAAUGUAAAUUGUGAUACAACAAAUCCUAUUAAAUAGUACAGGAAGGUACUGUAAUUAAAUAUAAGUAAUUUGUAAUAUUUGCUGUACUAUCUAGUCAUGUGAUAAGUACUU